AUGAAUGCUGGCGACAAAACUAUUGGCAAUAAUAUUUUCUCUCAAGAUAGUGAUAGUAACCAACAAAGUUCACAUCAAGAACCGCUUUCGCCUCCUAAUCCAUCUCCUACUCCCGAGAAAAGACAAUUAGACGAUGAGGUGGAUAAUAGUAUCGAGCCAGAGAGUAAGAAACAAAAGGUGGAAGAAGAAACUGAGGCCAGUCAAACCGGGGUCAUCCAAACUGAGGUCAGCGAAACUGUGCCUGAAAUUGAAUCGUCAGUAAAUAAAGAUCUGGAACCUGUUAAUGGUGUAUCGGAAGAGUCAGAGAAUACCAAUAAUGAGCAAGAGAAGCCACAAGAAGAGGCGCCAGAAGAGAACCCCCAAGAAGAAGUGCCAGAAGCAAAGCCUCAAGAGGAAGCACUGGGAGAGAACCCCCAAGAAAUACCAAAUGACAAACCACAAGAUGACGAGCCAGAUAUUCAAGAGGUGGACCCGCCUAAACCAGUUGUUCCAGUCUUUACAGAACCUGCUCCCAAACCACCACAAGAACCAGAUAUGAACAAUUUACCAGAGAAUCCAAUACCACAACACCAAGCCAAAUUUGUUUUAAACACCAUCAAAGCGGUAAAGAGAAAUAGAGAAGCAGUUCCAUUCUUGCAUCCCGUGGACACUGUCAAAUUAAAUGUCCCAUUCUAUUACAAUUACAUUCCAAGACCAAUGGAUUUGUCCACUAUUGAACGCAAGAUCAAUUUAAAGGCAUACGAAGAUGUUUCGCAAGUUGUUGAUGACUUUAACCUUAUGGUGAAGAAUUGUAAGAAAUUCAAUGGAGAAGCAGCUGGUAUCUCGAAAAUGGCAACGAAUAUUCAAGCACAAUUUGAGAAGCUUAUGGUCAAAGUGCCACCAAAAGAGUUGCCAGCUGGAACUAACGUUGCAGAAGCGACAUCUGUUGCUACUUCACCCACUACAAACAAGAGAAAGUCCGUUGCAGAAUCCUCGUCUCUGCAUCAGCAUCGAGAUUCAGUGGCUGCAGCCAGACCAAAGAGAACUAUCCAUCCACCCAAAUCCAAAGAAUUGCCAUACGAAACGAAACCAAAGAACAAGAAAGUUGCAGCAGAAUUAAGAUUUUGUAACCAAACAAUUAAAGAACUCAUGUCCAAAAAACACUACAAUUAUAAUUUCCCAUUUUUGGCACCAGUGGAUACAGUAGCUUUGAACAUACCUAACUAUAAUGAAAUAGUGAAGCAACCAAUGGAUUUAGGAACUAUUCAGUCCAAGUUAGCCAACAAUGAGUAUGAAAAUGCUGAUGAUUUUGAAAAAGAUGUGAGAUUAGUGUUUAAAAACUGCUAUCUUUUCAAUCCUGAAGGCACUGAUGUUAAUAUGAUGGGACACCGAUUGGAAGCUGUUUUUGACAAGAAAUGGGCCAACAAACCAGUUCCUGAACCAACCCCUCAAAACUCAGAUGUCAGUGAUAGAGAGUACAGUAGUGAAGAGGAAGAUAAUGUAGAAAUUAGCGAAGCAAUGCUUUCAGAAAUUCCAGCAAUCCAAGUGAUGGAGAAUCAAAUAAUCAGAAUGAGAAAAGAGUUGGACGAAUUGAAGAAAGAGCAUUUGAAGAAGUUAAGAGAACAGCAAGCUGCCAGAAAGAAGAAGAAACAACAAAAGGGUAAGCGAAGAGCACCUAAGGCAAAACACACAAAGGACACUCAACAUCAAGUGCAAGCACCACCAGAACCACCAAAAUUGACACCACCUCAACCAGUAGUCACUUAUGAAAUGAAAAAGCAAGUUUCAGAAAUGGUUCCUAAUUUAUCAGACAAGAAAUUAAAUGCUUUAAUCAAGAUUAUUCAGGAUGACGUUCAAAUCAGUAACGAUGAUGAAGUAGAAUUGGAUAUGGAUCAAUUGGAAGAUCGUACAGUAUUAAAAUUGUACGACUUUUUGUUUGGUGACAAAGCAUUGAAGAAUUCUGCUGGUAAGAAGAAGAAACCUGUUGCCAAUAACAAUUUGGACGAAUUGGCACAUUUAAGAAGUCAACUUGCAUUGUUUGAUGAAGGGGUCAAUGGUCAGCAAGGGUCCGACAAUGGAUUUAUGAAAGUGGUUAACCAAGAAGAGUCUUCUGAAGAUGAAGCAUCGUCUGAAAGUUCAGAAGAAGAGUAA